AUGAAGAAACUUUCGCCACUGGCGGCGUGGGCUGCGGCGGUCUCGGCAGUCUUCAACUCUGAGGACCGGCGAGGACUGCGUUGGGGCCAUGGCUCCGAGCAUGACAGCAUCGUGGGAGCAUCAGCCUCCUCCGCGGCUCGACGGCCACAAACGAAGCAUGUUUUCCUGACUGACAAGACGUCAAUUCGCGGUCAAUGGCACGGGCAUCCCGAACGUGGGCUUGACGCCGGCGAGUCCUACGCCGGGCUGCUCCCCAUCGACGCCGCCGCCAGCGACGACGAGAUGCAGGAGCUGUACUUCUGGUUCUUCCCCAAAGAGAAACCCUCCGACGACAAGGAGAUCGUCAUCUGGCUGACGGGCGGCCCAGGCUGCUCCUCCAUCGGCGAGCUCCUGCAGGAGAACGGCCCCAUCUCGUGGAAGCAUGGCACGCGCGCGCCCGUCCGCAACCCCUGGAGCUGGCACCGCCCCGCCAACGUCGUCUGGGUCGACCAGCCCGUAGGCACGGGCUACUCCCGCGGCCCCGUCCCAGCGACCGACCAACACGACGUGGCGCGCCAGUUCCUCGGCUUCUGGCGGAACUUUGUCGACGCGUUCGACCUGCAUGGCUACGAGGUGUACGUCGCCGGCUCGUCCUACAGCGGGCUGUUCACGCCCUACACCUCCAGCGCCAUGCUGGACGCCGCCGCCGCCAGUGGGAGGAACUCAGACGGCGACUACUUCGACGUUGGGGGCAUGAUGGUCCUGGACCCCCUGCUGUCCCAGUACGGGCUCGGCCAGGACUUUGCCGUGUCCAGGGUGCUCGACUACUGGGGCCCGGCGUUCAGCCUGAACGAGACGGCCCGCGAGGCCGUCCGGGAGAUCGAGAACCGGUGCGGGUACAGGGACUACGUCGGCAGGUACCUGGUCUUCCCCGCGUCCGGCGUCCAGCCCGUCAGGAUCCCCGGGUCGUUCCGCUACGGCGACUACGUCCCGGAGUGCGACGCCCUGGCGGUCGUCAUCGAGGCCGAGCGCGCCGCGAACCCGUGCUUCAGCGUCUUCAACGUCCUCCGCACCUGUCCGCUACCCUUCGACCCCCUCGGCUUCAGCGAGGUCACGGGCUACUACCCAGCCUCGGAGCCCGUGUACUUUGACCGGCCCGACGUCAAGGAGGCCAUCCACGCCCCGCCCGGCAGGGCAUGGCGGUUCUGCAGCAGGCAGCCCGUCUUCGUGGGCGACGUUGACGGCUCCCAGACCCCGGGACCCGGCAGCCUGCCCGUGAUCCCCGGCGUCGUCGAGAGGACCGGCAACGUCAUCGUCGGCCACGGCCUCCGCGACCUGAUCGUGCAGUCCGCGGGCACGCUGAUGGCCAUCCAGAACAUGACCUGGGGCGGCGCGCUCGGCUUUCGGCCCAGGCCCGAGGCGACCCUGCGUGUCCCGUACCACUGCGACGGCGACGCCGGCUGGGGCGCGCCCGCCGGCGGCGGCGAGCUCGGCCUCACGUACUUUGAGACGCCGACCGCCGGCCACUUCCUCGGACGGCUCGCGCCCUCCUUCUCUUUCCGGGCCCUGGAGGUUCUGCUCGGCAAGGUGGGCGACUUUGGGUCCGACCCGCCGUUGACGAUGGAUGCGAAGGAGAGGGUGGCGCUUAGCGAGGAACUGUAG